AUGGUUGCACCGCUGUCACUCCGUUUGCUCGCGCUCUAUUGCUGCUGUGCCGCUGUCGCUCCCCACAUUCGCGCCACUGUCUCUCCUUUUGCUCGCGCCGCCUGUCGUUCCGCUGCUGCCGUCCCACCGUCGGUCCUUCUCUCUGUUGCCGCUGUCGCUCCUCCUACCUUGGUUCUUCUCUGCUCUCUCUCAAUCGAGCUCAUAAAAAUCAGCACCCUAAAUCCUAAACCCGAUGAAGAGAUUGAUCGUGCUUUCAAAAAUGCUCGUGGAAAUCUUAAACUAAUAGCACCCUCAAUCCAAAAAGACAUUGUAAGAGCUGCUGCAAGGGAAACGACAAAAGUCAAUGUUGAUGAUCUUGGUGAUGAAUUAUUUGCUGUAUUGGUUGAUGAAGUCCGCAACAUUUCCAUUAAGGAGAAAAUGUCAGUUUGCUUAAGGUAUGUGAACAAAGAAGGACAAGUUAGGGAGCAUUUUCUUGGUCUUGUUCAUGUUUCUAAUACUAAUGCUUUAUCCCUAAAAUUAGCAUUGGAGUCAUUAUUAGAAACAUAUAAUUUAAGUUUAUCAAGAGUACGUGGACAAGGAUAUAAUGGUGCAAGUAACAUGCAAGGAGAAUUAAAUGGUUUGAAAACUUUGAUAUUGAAAAAAAAUUCUUAUGCUUUCUAUGUACAUUGCUUUGCCCACCAACUUCAGUUAGCUCUUGUAACGGUUGCAAAAAAACAAGUUGAAAUUGCUUUGCUUUUUAAUUUGUUAACCAAUUUGUGCAAUGUUGUUGGAGUUUCGUGUAAACGAAGAGAUAUGCUUCAUGAUAGUCAGAUGACUAAGACAAUUGAAGCAUUAAAAAGUGGAGAAAUUUCUAGUGGGCGUGGUUUGAAUCUAGAAACAGCUUUAAAAAGAGCUGGAGACACUAGAUGGGAUUCACACUAUGGAACUAUACUUAGAUUAAUUUCUUUAUUUCCUUCUGUGGUUAAUGUUCUUGAAUAUGUUAAGGAAGAUGAAAAUAAUUCAGAACAAAGAGCUGAAGCAUGUCAUUUAUUGAAUGUCAUUCAAUCCUUUGAAUUCAUUUUCAACUUGCACUUGAUGAAAAAUAUCUUGGGAGUUACUAAUGAGUUAUCUCAGGCGUUACAAAGGAAUGAUCAAGAUAUUAUAAAUGCUAUGGCAUUAGUCAAAGUGUCUAAGCAACGAUUGCAAAAUAUAAGAGAUGAUGGUUGA